AUGAUGAAUUCAAGAAUGAAUGAUAGGAAACAGAUGAAUUCAGAUGAUGGAUCACACUUUUUAAAAUUAAAAUUUAAAGGGAAUAAUAAUAAUAGUCGCAAUAAUAGUCGCAAUAAUAACAAUAACAACAAUAAUAAUGGAAGCAUUAGUCGUAAUAGUAAUAAUCCAGUGAUACAAAACCAUGGAAGUCAAAGGCUUUUCGAAAGCAAUAAUGAAGAUCUUUCAAUAGUUUUCCAUAAAUUUAAUAAAUCUAAAGAUACUACGUUUAAAAAUACAUCUGCUAAAUCAUAUACACAAAAAAUGUAUCCUCCAAGUAUACGGUUUGUGAAUCAAAAAGAAUUAACUCAUCAUAUCAAAACGAAUAAUAAAAAUAAAAUUCACCAUCGGAUCAAUAAUAUGAAUAACAAUUUAAUAAUUAAAACUAAUCCAAAAUACAAUAAGAACAAUAUUCAUAUAAUUAAAAGUACAAAAAUGUUGGACAACGAAAUUGGUAAAAGACCAAUUACAUUUGUAUCAGCUCCAAUUAAUGGGUCACCAUCAAUUUUAUUAAGUGAACGAUGUAAAGACACAAAUUUAGUUGAACAUUUUUUAAAGACAACUAAUAAUAUAGAAAAAGUUUCUAUUAAGGAUGACUUAAUCGAUAUACAGAAGGAAUUUUCAAUGUUGACUAACGAUCCUGAACAAUUAAAAAAUAUUAACGAUGUUUUCAAUAAUGAGCUAAAACUCCAAACUAAUAAAGGAGUUAAUUCCCAUAAAGGAAAUAUUUCAUCUAAAACAAGUAAUAAAGUAAAAGGAAAAAUUUCGUCCCUUGACAGUAAUGGGAAUGGUAAAUUUAGUUCUGAUAUAAGAGUGAAACUAAAAAAAACGACAGCUGAACAAAACCUAUCGAAUUAUUCCACUUGUACAUUUAGGGUUAAGAUGAAGGAUAAUCAUCAAAGUAAUACGUGA